AUGAAGUGGCUGAUCCUGGUACUGGCUUACCUCCACCUGUCUGAGGGGCUGGAGAGAGUCAUUCUGAAGAAAGGGAAAUCUGUUCGGGAGAACAUGAAGGAGAAAGGAGUGCUGGAUGAAUUUCUGAAGAAGCACCCCAUUGAUCCUGCACUGAAAUACCACUUGAAUGAAUACAACGUUGCUUAUGAACCAAUUACCAAUUAUUUGAAUUCUUUCUACUUUGGAGAGAUCAGUAUUGGGACUCCACCACAGGAGUUCCUGGUUCUUAUGGACACCGGCUCUUCCAAUCUCUGGGUACCUUCUGUGUACUGUAAUACUGCAGCCUGUGGUAAUCACCAUAGGUUCAAUCCCAGUGCAUCCUCUACUUAUUCCAACAAUGGACAGACCUAUACCCUAUCCUAUGGGAGUGGUAGCUUAACCGUCAUGCUAGGCUAUGACACUGUGCAGGUCCAGAAUAUUGUUGUUCGUAACCAGGAAUUUGGCCUAAGUGAGAGUGAGCCUUCCGAGCCUUUCUACUAUGCCAGUUUUGAUGGGAUUUUGGGCAUGGCUUAUCCUGCCAUGGCUGUAGGAGGUUACACUGUUAUGCAGCAGAUGCUGAGACAAGGGCAACUUUCUGAAUCCAUCUUCAGCUUCUAUUUCUCCCGCCAGCCAACUGUUCAGUAUGGAGGAGAACUAAUUUUGGGAGGCAUUGACAAUCAGUUAUUCUCUGGGGAAAUUUCCUGGGCACCUGUUACCCGUGAACUUUACUGGCAGAUUGCUAUUGAGGAGUUUGCUAUUGGCAGCGAGGCUACUGGCUGGUGUAGCCAAGGCUGCCAGGCAAUCGUGGACACUGGAACAUUUCUUCUUGCUGUCCCACAGCAGUACAUUGGAAAUUUCCUGCAGGCUGUGGGUGGUCAACAGUACAACAAUGAGUAUGUCGUGAACUGCAACAAUGUCCAGAACAUGCCCACUAUCACCUUUGUCAUUAAUGGAUCCCAGUUCCCACUGCCUCCUUCUGCCUAUGUCUCCAAUAACAAUGGCUACUGUACAGUUCAGAUUGAGGCCACAUACUUGCCUUCCCCAACUGGGCAGCCACUAUGGAUUCUGGGUGACGUCUUCCUGAAGGAGUAUUAUUCAGUCUAUGAUAUGGCCAACAAUAGGGUGGGCUUUGCACCAUCAGCCUAGGGGGGAAAAAAGCCCAAUCCCUUUCUGGAUUAAUACUGCUAUUCUCUUGGUCUUUGAUGGAAUCGUUCUUUUUUCUUUUUUUUCUUUUUGUAAAGGAAAUUGUAGUAUUCUUAACUUUCUAUAAUCCAUUUGUUCCCACUUGUAUAUAAUCAAUUAUCUUGAGAUCCG